AGAACUUCUAUCUGUGUCGGAGUUUUCUUAGCCCCAAAACCCAAACCCAAACCCAAAAACCCCCAACCAACUCCGAAAUGGUUGUCAAUUUGAGACUGCCUGCUCUCACCUCGCUAUUCACUACCUCUUUCUCUAACCGUUAUCCGGUGUUCGUCCGGCGUAGUCAGCAGCUUCGUCGUCCGGUUUUCUCAUCUAGCUUCUCAGCGCAGAGCACGGUCACGAAGACCGAGGACCGAGUCGACGGUCAGAGGAACCGAGUUCAGGACCGGGCCGUGACGCCUCGGUCGCAGGAUUUCAAUGCUUGGUAUCUCGACGUCAUCGAUUCGGCGGAGCUUGCUGAUUAUGGUCCCGUACGAGGGACCAUGGUCAUUCGUCCGUACGGCUACGCCAUUUGGGAAGCGAUUCAGGAUUAUUUGAAUGUGAAGUUCAAGGAGACUGGUCACAGUAAUAUGUAUUUCCCACAGUUUAUACCAUAUUCCUUCAUAGAAAAAGAAGCUAGCCAUGUUGAAGGUUUUAGUCCGGAAUUAGCACUAGUGACAAUUGGUGGAGGAAAGGAACUUGAAGAAAAACUUGUGGUUCGACCUACAAGUGAAACCAUUGUAAAUCACAUGUUCACACAAUGGAUCCAUAGUUACCGGGAUCUCCCUCUCAUGAUUAACCAGUGGGCAAAUGUUACAAGAUGGGAGAUGCGCACAAAACCUUUUGUGCGGACUCUUGAGUUUCUCUGGCAGGAGGGUCAUACUGCUCAUGCUACUCCAGAAGAGGCAGAAAAAGAGGCUAUGCAGAUGAUUGAUGUCUAUACAAAAUUUGCUUACGAGCAAGCCGCCAUACCUGUCAUUGCAGGUCGAAAAUCGAAAGUGGAAACAUUUGCUGGUGCUGUUAGGACCUAUACGAUAGAGGCUAUGAUGGGUGAUCGGAAGGCAUUACAAGCUGGGACUAGCCACAAUCUUGGGCAGAACUUCUCUUGUGCAUUUGGAACACAGUUCACUGAUGAAAAUGGACAACGGCAACAUGUGUGGCAGACAUCAUGGGCCAUUAGUACUCGUUUUGUUGGUGGUAUAAUCAUGACCCAUGGAGACGAUACAGGUUUAAUGCUUCCCCCAAGGAUUGCACCAAUACAGGUGGUGAUUGUACCGAUUUGGAAGAAGGAUGAUGACAAGGCAGUGGUUCUAGAUGCUGCAUCAUCUGUGAAAAAAGUUCUGCAAACUGCAGGGAUUAAGGUUAAACUUGAUGACACUGAUCAGAGGACGCCAGGAUGGAAAUUCAAUUUCUGGGAGAUGAAGGGAGUCCCUUUAAGGAUUGAAAUAGGUCCUCGUGAUGUUUCUAGUCAGAGUGUGGUGAUAUCAAGAAGAGAUGUUCCUGGAAAGCAAGGAAAAGUUUUUGGAGUAUCUAUGGAGCCAUUGAGUUUAGAGGCCUAUGUCAAGGAUAAAUUAGAUGAGAUCCAAUCAUCUCUUUUGGGGCGGGCAACAUCUUUUCGAGAUAGUAGUAUUGUGGAUGUGACCUCAUAUGAAGAACUCAAAGUGGCAAUCUCCGAGGGAAAAUGGGCAAGGGGUCCUUGGUCAGCCAGUGAUGCAGAUGAGCUAAAAGUGAAAGAAGAAACAGGGGCAACUAUUAGGUGUUUUCCUUUUGAACAGCCUCAAGGGGUUAAAACAUGUCUGAUGACUGGUAAUCCAGCUGAGGAAGUAGCCAUUUUUGCAAAAUCAUACUAAGCAUUAUGAAAUUGAAGUGACAUUGUGUCUAGCCUCCGUCAAUUCCCUUAAGAUCUGUAAGGUUUUUCUUUUAGGUUGCAUUGUUCAAUCUGUAAUAUAUGAAUUGCCAACUUUGAUGAUUGACUUGAUUCAUUAAAAUAUUGUUGUUUAUUUUUUAAGAAUUUUUGGUCCGUUAAUAUCUCGGGAUUUUGAGUUUA